AUGAAUUUUGAUGAUUUGCUUGGAAAGCAGCGUAAAUCAGAACCUAGGGUGGUUCUUGUAAUGCGUGUAUUUGCGUUACUUAUCAUCUCAUCAUGCUUAAUAUCAUAUAUCACAAUUUUAAUCAUUGAUGUAAAUGAUGAAAUUCCUGCGAUUAAAACCUCGGAAGUUCCUGUGGAUUCGAUUGCAAUUCCCGAUUUCGCUUUUUCAUUUGGAUUUUCCUUUCAAAUUUUGUGUUCUUUUAGUUGGGUUAAUAAUGAAAUGCGAUACAUAAUUACUCCAAAGUAUAUUCAAGGAUUGUAUAGAGGAAGUUUUUCUUUAAAUGAUCAAUCAUAUUUAUUUACUUCCCCGAAACAAGAUGAAUGGUUAGAUACUUUGGCAUUUGUAGUGGUUGCUGACGAUCCAAGUUUCAAUGCUUUUAUGAUUUCCGUUUCACCUCCUUACAUGCCACCUUACAUACAAAUUUUUGAUCCGGGUGCUUGGGGGCUAGUAGCGGCAUUUUAUGCUUUUCUAUUCGGCGCAUCAUCAAUCCAUCCGUGGGGUUUUAUACAAUCACAUUGUUGUGGAAUUAAACCAAAAACACAAAAAAAAUUGAGAGAAUCGUUAUCCAUUUUACCAUUAAUUGAUGAUUCUUUAUCUGAUCAUAAAGGUACAGCGGAAGAAUUUUCAGUGGAAGAAUUCAAUCAGAUGAAAGGAAGAUUGAAAUCUUUAGAAACGUUAUUAAGAGAAUAUGUUAUUGAUGUAAAGUAUUUACAAAGCAUUGAAAACUGUAAUAUUAGAAAAGCAGAGACGAAACUUCUUCAAGUGUAUCCCUAA